AUGCCGAUACCAAAGAAGCUAAAAGAUCCAUUACAGAAAACAAUACCGAGAAAUCCAAAAUAUGAGAAUAUUAAACCAACAAUUGAUACAGGUGCCAGUCUAUCAAAAUACUUAAAGAAAAUGGAAGAGAUUCGUGAAAAUUAUAAAAUGAAAGAUAAUGAGAUUUUCAAACGAAUUAAAAUUCCAACAUUUGUUCAAUUAAUUUUACAAAUAUCUGAGGUACAAAAACAACAACAACAACAACAAAAUAAUGAGUUAAACAAUCAUAAUUCAUGUAGUACACCAAGAAAUGAAGUUGACAAUCAUAUUAAUAAUAAUAAUAAGUCAACAAAUGGCAAUGGUUCUACGCAUGGCAAUGUGGAUCCACCUUUAACUGAAAGAUCUACACUUGAAAGUCUUGUUACUGGUGUUGGAGAAUUCGACAUAUGUUUUGGUCAGUCACGUUCACAAAUCUCAGAUACAACUAGCAAACAGAAUUCAUCAGUCGAUAGUCCAUAUUUAUUACUUGAUGUAAGAGAUCGAGAUGAUUAUGACGCAUGUCAUAUUAUAACAGCUCGUAAUUAUCCAAUUGCAAUGUUAUCACGUAGUGUAAAUUUUGAAACUACUGAAAUGUUAGCUUAUCGUAAUCGACCUGAUCAUAUUAUUAUUGUAUAUGAUGAAGAUGAACGUUUAGCACCGAGAGCUGCAAGUACAUUAGUACAAAGAGGUUAUUGUAAUUUAUUUAUGUUAUCAGGUGGAUUAAAAGUAGCAUGGAAAUUAUUUCCAAAAGGAUUAAUCAUUGGACAAAUGCCAUUAUCUAUUUCAUGUGCUUUGAAAUUACAUGGGAAAACUCGAAUAUCAUCUAGACCAUCGUCUCAUCAAGGUUCUAUUUAUAAUUCUCAAAUUAAUCAAAAUUCUUUUCUAUCAAAUUCAUCAACACUAUCUCUCUCAUUAGAUCGUCGAAUUAAUAAUAUACCAUUAAUGUAUUGUGCAUUAGGAACACGUGAUAAUUUAGACGGAUGUGAAGAAUUUCUACCUGAAGAUAUUGUUCAUUUAACGUUAACGAUAGAAAAAGGUGUUGAUGAUGGACGUUCCAUUCGGUCGAAUUAUACUCGUUGUACUAAUUCAUCGACAUGUUAUUCAACGGUAACCAAUGCUAGAAAACCUUUUCGUUAA